UUGCAAGGGCAGUGACGGAGACUGGAAGCCCCGCGGCCUGCAGGCGGGGGCGUGAGGAGGCGGAAUCCACCUUCCUUUUGCACUGGGGGGCGGGGAAGAGGGGGCCGGGCCAGCGGCCAGGACCAGGCAGCGUAGACAGCGGGCUGCGGAGAUGGAGGACGACACGCCGCCGUGGGGCAGCGAGCCCGUCUCGGGUCCCGGACCCGGCGGCGGCGGCGGAAUGAUCCGCGAGCUGUGCCGGGGUUUCGCACGCUACCGCCGCUACCUGGGCCGGCUGAGGCAGAACCUGCGCGAAACCCAGAAGUUCUUCCGCGACAUUAAGUGCUCCCACAACCGUUGCUGUCCCUCAUUCCCUGCGGGCUGCGGCGGGGCCGAGCCCGGCCCUGUGAGCGAUGUCGCUGAAAUCGGCCUGCCGGCGGGCCAGCUGAGCUGCAUUUCUUUCCCACCUGAGGAAGAGAAGUACCUCCAGCAGAUUGUGGACUGCCUCCCCUGCAUACUGAUUCUCGGCCAGGAUUGUAAUGUCAAGUGCCAGCUAUUGAACCUGCUGUUGGGGGUGCAGGUGCUUCCUACCAUCAGGCUGGGCACUGAAGACAGCUGUAAGCUGCGGCGUCUCCGCUUCACCUAUGGGACUCAGACUCGGAUCAGCCUGGCGCUCCCUGGACAGUAUGAACUAGUGCAUACACUGGCUGCUCACCAGGGAAACUGGGAGACCAUCCCUGAGGCGGACUUGGAGGUCCAAGGGGACAGUAAGGAUGCUGCUCAUGUUUUAGCUGAGCUGGAGGUGACAGUGCACCAUGCCCUCUUAAAGGAAGUGGACAUUGUGGUGGCACCUUGCCAAGGCCUCCGGCCCGCAGUAGAUGUUCUGAAUGACUUGGUGAAUGAUUUUUUGCCUGUGAUAACCUAUGCACUCCACAAAGAUGAACUGUCUGAGAGGGAUGAGCAAGAGCUUCAGGAAAUCCAAAAGUAUUUCUCCUUCCCCGUAUUCUUUUUCAAAGUGCCGAAGAUGGAGAUAAUAGAUUCCACUACCAGAACAGAGAAUGAAAGAUCACCUUUGUAUCGCCAGCUAAUUAACCUGGGCUAUCUGAGUGCCACUCACUGGAACUGUGGAGCCCCUAGCCAGGACACUAAAGCUCAGAGCAUGCUGGUGGAGCACAGUGAGAGGCUGAGACACUUGAGCACUUUUUCUCACCAGCUGCUGCAGGCUCGUUUGGUGGAUGCAGCCAUGGCCCUCAACCUGGUGCACUGCCACUGCCUAGACGUCUUCAUUAACCAGGCCUUUGACAUGCAGCGGGAUCUACAGAUUACUCCCAAACGGCUGGAAUAUACUCGAAAAAAAGAGAAUGAGCUGUAUGAAUCACUGAUGAAUAUUGCUAACAGAAAGCAGGAAGAAAUGAAGGAUAUGAUUGUUGAGACUCUUAACACCAUGAAGGAAGAACUUCUGGAAGAUGCUGCAAACAUGGAGUUUAAAGAUGUCAUUAUCCCUGAGAAUGGAGAACCAGUAGGCACCAGAGAGAUCAAAUGCUGUAUCCGACAGAUCCAGGAACUCAUUAUCUCCCGGCUUAAUCAGGCAGUGGCUAACAAGCUGAUCAGCUCUGUGGAUUACUUACGUGAGAGCUUUGUUGGAACCUUGGAGCGUUGUCUGCAGAGCCUGGAGAAGUCGCAGGAUGUCUCAGUUCACAUCACCAGUAAUUAUCUCAAACAGAUCUUAAAUGCUGCAUAUCACGUUGAAGUCACAUUUCACUCAGGGUCCUCAGUUACAAGGAUGCUCUGGGAGCAAAUCAAGCAGAUCAUCCAGCGUAUUGCAUGGGUAAGCCCACCUGCCAUCACCCUGGAGUGGAAGAGGAAAGUGGCCCAGGACGCCAUCGAGAGCCUCAGUGCCUCCAAACUGGCCAAGAGCAUUUGCAGCCAAUUCCGAACUCGGCUCAAUAGUUCACACGAAGCCUUUGCAGCCUCCUUGCGACAGCUAGAAGCUGGCCACUCAGGCCGGCUGGAGAAGACGGAAGAUCUGUGGCUAAAGGUUCGGAAAGACCAUGCCCCGCGCCUGGCCCGCCUUUCUCUGGAGAGCCGAUCUUUGCAGGAUGUCUUGCUGCAUGGUAAACCUAAACUGGGACAGGAACUGGGCCGGGGACAGUAUGGUGUGGUAUACCUGUGUGACAACUGGGGAGGACACUUCCCUUGUGCCCUCAAGUCAGUUGUCCCUCCCGAUGAGAAGCACUGGAAUGAUCUGGCUUUGGAGUUUCACUAUAUGAGGUCUCUGCCAAAACAUGAGCGGCUGGUGGACCUCCACGGGUCAGUCAUUGACUACAGUUAUGGCGGUGGCUCCAGCAUCGCCGUGCUGCUCAUCAUGGAGCGGCUGCACCGGGACCUCUACACAGGGCUGAAGGCUGGACUGACCCUGGAGACGCGUUUGCAGAUAGCAGUGGAUGUGGUGGAGGGGAUCCGCUUCCUGCAUAGCCAGGGACUUGUUCAUCGUGAUAUCAAACUGAAAAAUGUGUUGCUGGACAAACAGAAUCGUGCCAAGAUCACUGACUUAGGAUUCUGCAAGCCAGAGGCCAUGAUGUCAGGCAGCAUUGUGGGGACACCAAUCCAUAUGGCCCCUGAACUUUUCACAGGGAAGUAUGACAAUUCCGUGGAUGUCUAUGCUUUUGGGAUUCUUUUCUGGUACAUCUGUUCAGGCUCUGUCAAGCUUCCUGAAGCAUUUGAGAGGUGCGCGAGCAAAGACCACCUCUGGAACAAUGUUCGGAAAGGGGUCCGCCCAGAACGUCUGUCUGUAUUUGAUGAAGAGUGCUGGCAGUUGAUGGAAGCCUGUUGGGAUGGUGACCCCUCUAAGAGGCCUCUCUUGGGCAUUGUCCAGCCCAUGCUCUGGGGCAUCAUGGACCGUCUCCUCAAGUCAAAUUUUGAGCAGCCAAAUAGAGGACUAGAUGAUUCUAUUUGAAAGCAAAAACCUUUCUUCUCCACUAUUUCUUUCUCCUCACCUUUUCGCCAUGGGGAGAAUUUGACAUUUAUUCAUUAUAGGGAGCUCCUAAGGGACUUGGUGCUUGCUGGGCAACAAAGAGCUGAUCAUACAAGCUGGGGCACAGGAUAUGCAAACUUUGGCUUCCAUGCCAGACAGAGAUGGCUCCUAGGCAGGGAGGAGCUGGAUGGUGCUGAGCACUUGGGGCAGUUCACUGAUGCUCCACACUACCCUUUCAGGAGAAAGAUUAUCUGAGAUGUGCAGAAGCGGAACAUGGGAUCUUCUGGCCUCAAAACAGAAAAGGAGGCAAAUGUUACCAUUGUCUGUUCACUGUGUUACUUUUCUAAGACAAGAAGUAGGGCACUAUAGUGGCAGUAGUAUUAAAAACAUCAUCUUCAUUAUGUCAGCUCCAGCUACAAAUAGUUUGAUUCUAUCCAGUGAUGGGGACCACUUAGAAAAUUCAGGUUCUAUGAACAUAGGGGCAAAAAAGAAAACAUUGUGGUUGCCUGGUUCCUGCUGUCUGUAACCAGAUCUCAGGUUGUCAGUGAAGAAGCUAGAGACAAGGCUGUCUGUUCCUCACUGUGCCAGUGUGUUUACAUUUAUAGGGCCACACUUCCCUGAUUUCUAGGGGAGGGAUUUACUGUUACAUCACCAAAAAGCAAAAAAAAAAAAAAAAAAAAUCAAAAAAACAUGCAUAUGUAUGUAUAUAUGUAUAUAAGUUGUUGAAUUUGAGUUACUGCUAACCCCAGAACAGAAUCUGUUCUGCCUGAGGGAAGAACAGCCCACAGCCCUUAGCUCUCUGCUGGUCUUAGGUGAGAGAGCUCUAGACUCCGGAACACAUGGUACUCAGGAGUGAGCAUCUGAGCGGAACCGACCCAGUGUGAAACCUGUGGGUGAGGCCAGAGAGGAGGCAAGGAGCAUGACUACAGCCUGCGUACAAACCUCCUAAAGAGUACUGGGUGAUUUUCAUAGAAACUCUUUUGUGUUUGAAACUAACACACUAAUGUUUUUAAAGCUUAACCAAUGGUUAAAAGGUCAAUACUUAUUCUAUACCUUCCUUUUACCUUAUUUUAAAUAUACUCUGUCAGAAGAAAAAAGAACCAGACACCUCCUCCCCUGCCAAAAAAAGACUAGUUUUGUGCAUUGGCAUCUGGGAAGCACCCAGAUGUCUGAGGAGAGAAACUGACUCCUGGGCAAGGAAGGGGAGCAUCUGAAACAUUGGUGCAUCUCAGGUCUUGAUUUCAAGCCUUUCUCCACAAAGCCAUCCAGAGCUAUAGAAACACAGGUCAGUGAAGGAAUAGACGUGAAAGUGGGCAGCCUCUGUGCAUCUGUCCAAUCUCAAGGGCUGUGGGUGGGCCCUCUGUUCAGCUCCAGUGUGUCAGUAGGUCCCUGAGUAGGUGUUGAAGAUUAGUGCUGGGGUUUCUUAGGGUGGUUUGUAACUGAAUGACCAACCCUUACAUAUUAACAAUAUAAUAUAAGCAGAGAGUGUAAUACAUUUUUAUAUAACUUUUAAAAUUCAGCUUUAAAACUUCAGCCAUCCUAAGCUCUGAUCAUGAUACGUUUGAGCAUAAUAGCAGUCUCAGUACUUGUAGCCCUUCAGGAAGUUCAUAUAAUGCUAUAUACCUUUUUACAUUCAAAUGAUAAAGCCAGUGACUGACUGGUGUCUUUGGGGCAUUGGCUCCCACUUCAUUUUGGGAGAAUGGUCAGCGUAUCUCUUAGGAUCCACACCUACAUAGCUAUACUUCAGGCAUUGUAUUCUCCUUGGUAUUAACUGGUUGCCCUUCUGGGGAUGAUUAUGGGACUCCAAGAAGCAACAUGUUAAGAAGUAGUCUCUGCUUGCUAAACAAUCAUUAUACAUCCCUUCUAUAUGAAAUUUAAAGAAAAGUCUUACAUAGUUAGUUCUUUUUUCCAGUCCAUGCUCUUAAUUCUAGUAUAAUCAGGAGUCUGUGUAUCCAUUGUGAAGCCCACAUUCUUAAUGUUGUUUGGAAGUCUUAGCUCAGACUCCCAUUUACAUAUGGAAAGUUAAAUUUUUUUCCAACUAGAGUUCUUCUUCAGUUCAUUGCCUGUGGCUGAGUCCACUUGCAGAUACUAGUUUUCUAGCACAUUGCCUACAUUUUUUCCUAGUGGAAAGAGCAAGGAAACUAAUAUAAGGUAAGGAGAUGAAUAGUUAUUUUCAUUAUAAAAAAGUAUUCUGAGCAAAGGUGCAAGAUAUGCCUGGAAGUGUCCAGGCCAACCAAAGUCCACAUAAGGAUAUUUGGGCUGUUAUUUAAAUACUCAGCAGGCUGAGUUGCAGGAAUACAUACCCACAUGUGUAUAAUGUAUGUGUACUUUGUUGUAUAACAUUGUUAGCUAAUUUUGGGUUUUUUGUUCCUUGGCACCCAUUAUUAUUAAAAUUAUGGAAUGCCAUGAAAAGUACUGUAUUGUGUACUACUUAAGAAGACACUAGAUAGUCUGAGAAGUGUGGCAGUACUUGGGCAGGACCGGGUACAUCACAGCCAGUAUCAUAAGGCUCUUACCUCCCAGCUUUUGUUGGUUGUGUUCCCAAGUGGUGAGGUGAGGUGAGGUGAGGUGAGAUUGUGGCUGAGGGAGGAAGAAGGCUGACCUGAAAAAUUACCCAUUCUAUGUUUAAUCCUUCUAAAAAUCUUAAUGAAGGCAAUUGACCCUCCCAAAUGAUCACCUGGCCUUUUUUCAUGAGCUUGAAGUCUGGUCACUCAUUUGGCUUCAUAUCCAAGUGAGAGGCCUUCCUGCAGAGCAAUCAGAAGAAACUGUGGUAAAGCUUGGGCGCCUGGACUAGUGAGCCUGUGCCUAGAGCUUGCAGCAGUGCAGGUGAGCAAUGCCGGGUCAGAGGAGGUGCCAACAGAUGGACGCUGCUCCCUGCUCCCUGCUCCCUGCUCCCUGCUCCACUGCAGAGUGGAUCCUUGACUGAGCAAGCCUUCCACAGCUCUGGGCAGGAGGACUUUACUGUUGUUCUCAGACCAAAGAGAGUCCUGUCUGACUCCAUCUCCUUUAAGGGGACAGAGUCUAGGAAGCAGCUGCUCAUAUUUUAUUUUUUAAACACUAAAACUCAAAGAAGUAGUAGGGAAAAGAUAUGUUACUACCACUGAUAGAAAUAGGAGAAUGGUAGAAAUCUUGAGCAGUAUCUGCCGACUCCCAAAUGGACUUCGCUUCAGCUGCCAAAUGGCUUGGAGGACUGAAGGCAGUGCAGUGGUAGCGUGCAGCUUUGCCUGUACUUGGCCUUGGCUUCCGUCCCUAGUACCAAAAAACCCAAAACAAAACAGGAGGAAGAAAAUGUUUCUCCUGAUAAGAGAAUGACUGGAUUGUCAGGGCUGGGAAGUGACAGCUACACCAAAUGACACUAUUUUGUAGCUUACUAUUUAACAUUGAAAAGCCAGGCAGUGGGUGUGUGUGUGAUUACAGCAGUACCUUGAGAUACUGAGGCACCCUCUGGCCUUAAUUUGCAGAGAUGCCAUGGUUGGUGUUCUACUGGGCCAAUCAGGAAGCCUCUGAAGUCCUCACUGCAACAGAGCAGGAUCAACAGCCCUGGAAAUGUCCAUUGCCAAAGAGGAGCUGCUUUCUUUGAGCUUUUGAAGCUUGCCUUCUAGAUUUCCUGGAUCAAAUAACUCAUUUUUCUUAAAAAAAAAAAAAAGGUGUAUUCUUCAAAUAUAGGAGUGGUGUAGGGUAGAACUAGCUUGAUAAAGAGGAUAAGAGAAGAGUGGCCUUGAGGUAUUUAAUCACAAACUCCCCCAGAGGUUUCAGAUAGCACUAUUGUUCUUAAUUGUUGUUUCAUGUUUAACUUCUAAUUGUUAACACCUAGUCCAGCUGAGGUGAUAGCACAGACAGUGUGAGAGCACCUGUCACUGGGAGGCCAGCUUGCUAAGAAAAGUGGUCACCAAAAGCUUAUUGUCUUUGCCUUUAUGUAAUGUUUUUGUUUGUGUUAAAUGACUAAUGUUUGUUACAGUGUUAAAAGUGUAACAUACUAAGUGUGUAGAAUAAAAGUGCAAUAACAAAAAAAAUACUUGGGCACAAACUCUAUGCUCCCUCCUUCCUUGUGCUACCUGGCUCUGUCCAUAUUGUUACAGGAGGACCAUGUUAAUUGUGUAUUUUUAAGAGAUGCAACUAUGGGUUGUCUUUGCUUAGCAUAAUUUUGAAUGGGUGGGGUUUGUUUUUUAUAGAGUAUUCUAUAUAAUUGUUAGGAUGCACAAAUACAGGAUGUGCUGUAUAAUAAAGAUCACAUUAACGUUUUAAUUCUA